GGCGGUCGCUAUGAGUUGGCCCUCCAGGAGGCGUUCAUGGCUUUCGACGACCUGUUGCUGACCCGCGAGUCCAUCCGAGAGCUGAUUACCAUCCGCCAGUCGUAUCCAAACAACCCGAUCAUCAAAGCCAACGCACCGGGCAUUACAGCGGCCAUCGUAGUGCUCAUCAAAGACAACGUGAUAUACGCGGCCAACUUAGGCGACUCGCGGGCCAUCCUGUGCCGCAACGGUAAGCCCUUCCCCCUGUCGGUCGACAACAAGCCGGACGACGCGGACGAGAGGGCGCAGGUGGAGAACGCGGGCGGAGAAGUGGUGUCCGGACGGAUCAAUAUGGGUGUCAACGUCUCGCGAGCCUUCGGCGACCAUUCCUACAAACGAAACACUGGACUCUCGAAGAAGGAGCAGAUGAUCAUCGCGUGGCCCGACGUCAAGACGGAGCCCCUGAACCGCACGACAGACACGGCGCUGGUGUUGAUCUGCGACGGC